UCUAAAAUUACCCAUGAUUCCUUCCGAACGUAUGACCUGUCUCUGGCCUUGUGGUAUAGCGCGGUGUUUCUCUGCAAGCGCUGUUAGGAUUAGGUUAACUGUCUUGCAAUAGUGCACCUACCUGACAGGUCGGCCAUUGUACUGGGACUUGUUAAAGAGCGGAGUUGCCACGAUGCUGAAAUGUAGAACCGUAUGCAAAAAGAUUGCUCCUCUUGCCAGAGCCUCGUCCACGCUAUGUCGGCAAAAUGUGAGAAGAACAGGUAUGAAACAUGGCAGAAUACUGCCACAUGUACCUGCGGUUAACAUGGCGACAGGACCUGCAGGGGCCAGCAGGCAGAAUCAGUUCUAUGUACUUCUGGUUGGGGCAACCUGUCUUGGUGGCACUAUUUAUACGUACCAAACUGUUACAGGAGCCCAGAAAAGAUAUGACGAGCGUUUUGCAGUUUUGCAUCAAGCCACCAGUGAGGAAAUAGCCCCAAGCACUCAAACAGAAUCUCCUGCUGCAGAGGCUAUUGGGACAGCAGAGGCUGUUUCCCAGUCAGAACCUCAAGCUGCACCUGCAGCAGAAGAGCCGAGCCCUCUUUCCACUGGUGCUGAGGCGGCCCCGAGUGAGACAACUGAACCUCUCCCAGCAAACAAACCAGUGUUAGAAGCAGAGCCAGAUAAGACAGAAGAACCGGCUGCUGCGCUGCUUGUGGAAGAGGAACUCUCUCCCCCGUCCGAGCUGAACCCAGCUGAACAACCCGAGCCAUCCUCCGUGCCUAUUGUGGACAGUGAACCUGCAGCAGCUGAAAGCCCCGCAGCAGAACUCCCCGUGCCGCAUGCUGAAGUUGUGGCAGAGAGUGUUGCAGGACCGGACUCUGCACUGGCUUCACUCAAGCUCCCCUCACACGCCCCCUACCUCCUCAUCGGUGGAGGGACCGCCUCCUUUGCUGCCGCCCGCUCUAUCCGAGCCAGAGACCCCGGCGCCCGUGUUUUGAUUGUGACUGAUGAGCCAGAUCUCCCGUACAUGAGACCACCUCUGUCUAAAGAACUGUGGUUUGCUGACGACCCUGCUGUGACGGACACGCUGCGCUUCAAGCAGUGGAAUGGGAAGGAAAGAAGCAUUUACUUCCAGCCACCGUCUUUCUACAUUUCUCCUGAAGAACUGAGUAGUGCAGAGAAUGGGGGAGUGGCUGUUUUCACUGGCAGAAAGGUUGUUCAUAUGGAUGUGAGAGGAAACAAAGUACAACUUGAUGACAAUACUGAGAUUUCAUAUGACAAGUGUUUGAUUGCCACAGGUGGGGUUCCAAGAAAUCUGCAAGUCUUAGAAAGAGCAGGGGAGGAGGUGCUGAACAAGACCACUCUGUUCCGUAAGAUUGAGGACUUCAGGUCCUUGGAUAAAGUCUCCAGAAACAUUAAGUCCAUCGCAGUUAUCGGAGGCGGCUUCUUGGGCAGCGAGCUAUCAUGUGCUCUUGGCAGGAGAUCACAAGAUUCUGGCCUGGAGGUGAUACAGAUGUUCCCCGAGAAGGGCAACAUGGGCAAAGUGCUGCCUGAGUAUCUCAGCAACUGGACGACCGAUAAAGUCAAGAAAGAGGGUGUAAAGGUCAUCUCAGAAGCGUUGGUCAAGUCUGUCACCUGCAAAGAUGAUCAAUUAGAAAUCCAACUGAAGGAUGGUCGAUUGGUCAAAACGGACCACAUCGUCGCAGCUGUUGGCUUGGAGCCCAACGUUGAUCUCGCAAAGUCAGCAGGUCUAGAAGUGGACUCGGACUUUGGUGGCUUCCGGGUCAAUGCAGAAUUGCAAGCUCGGUCCAAUAUUUGGGUGGCUGGUGAUGCUGCAUGUUUCUAUGACAUAAGGUUGGGCCGCAGACGAGUGGAGCACCACGACCACGCUGUCGUUAGUGGCAGGCUGGCAGGGGAGAACAUGACCGGAGCUAACAAACCUUACUGGCAUCAAUCCAUGUUCUGGAGUGACCUGGGUCCUGAUGUAGGAUACGAGGCCAUCGGGAUUGUGGACAGUAGUUUGCCCACGGUGGGCGUCUUUGCCAAAGCCACCGCCAAGGAUACACCUAAAGCCGCAACUGAGCAGUCUGGAACUGGUAUCCGCUCAGAAAGCGAAACAGAGGAGGUGGCGCUAAGCCCAGUGGCCUCCACGACGCCCGCGCCCGCUGUCACACACAAAGAUGACUACGGCAAAGGAGUCAUCUUCUACCUGCGAGACAAAGUGGUGGUGGGCAUCAUCCUGUGGAACGUUUUCAACAGAAUGCCCAUUGCUAGGAAGAUCAUCAAGGAUGGGGAGGAGCACACGGACCUGAAUGAAGUCGCCAAGCUGUUCAACAUCCAUGAAGAUUAAGACGGUGAAGGCUUGAGAUGCUUUGUGAACUUUGACCUUUUGCAGUCUACAAUCUGUCUACAGUGGGAAAAUGUAUGUAAAUUAUAUCAGCUGUCUGGAUUAUUUUCAUACUCUAUUUUGAAUCUAUUGAUCCCAUCUCUCACUUGCUCUACCACCAAACUUCAAAACAAACAAUGGUGACUGUGAUGGUGCUUCUUACAGCGCUGCCCUCUUCUGUCGUCACAGCAGCUUGUUGGGGGGAAAGGCUGCAAUAAAAGCUAUUUUUAAAUCCAA